AGCACAUGCAUACAGACUUAAAAGCUCUUGGCCUUGACCUAAAUUGAUAUUGUGUUUUCAAAAGGAUUGAGUGUUUUAAGGUAGUUGGUAAUCGUAAAUAUAACCAAGUGCAAUGUUUCUGAAGCUACUGCUGGUCGGGAUUCUCACCGCUUAUUUCUUGCGAUAUUUCUACUACCCGGAGCCGGAAAGCAUUAUUUCUGAUACGGUAAAGGAAGAGUAUGAUUAUGUUGUUGUUGGAGCCGGAACUGCAGGUUCCGUGGUCGCCGCAAGGCUGGCAGAGAAUGCCGGAACCUCCAUACUCCUUCUUGAGGCCGGGGGACAUUUUGAUGAGUCAAAAUUGACAAGCUGUGCUUCUGGCUGGAUCUCAUUGUUUACGUCCUCGUUUGAUUGGGGAUAUUACACGGAGUGUGAAAAAGAUGUCUUCAAGGGACUAGCUGGGAAAAGAUCUUACUGGCCAAGGGGAAAAGCCCUCGGCGGUACCGGAGUUCUAAACGGGAUGCAGUAUACAAGAGGAAGUAGUUUUGAUUACGACGGAUGGGCUGAAAAUGGGUGCGUUGGGUGGGAUUAUAAAAGUGUUUUGCCGUAUUUCCUUAAAUCUGAAGACAUACAGAUUCCUGAACUAUAUUCCUCAUCAAUAUACCACCGUCGGGGCGGGCCUAUAGCUGUAACUUACAGUCCGCCGUCUGGCCUAACCCCACUAGUGCUAAAAGCGGGAUCAGAACUCGGCUAUAACGUCACUGAUUACAACGGAGAGUUACAGGAAGGGUUCAGUGUUGUGCAAAGCACACUACGAAAUGGUAUUCGAAGCAGCACAGCGCAUGAAUAUAUUGCUAAAGAAAAACGACAAAAUUUGGAUAUUGUCACACGCUCAUUUGUAACUAAAAUAUUUAUUCAAGAUAAGAAGGCGAAUGGUGUUUUCUUUAUUCGAAACGGUCGGAAACAGUAUGUUAAAGCAAGGAAGGAAAUUAUUGUAUCCACUGGUGCCGUAAAUACUCCCCAGCUGUUAAUGUUGUCGGGGAUUGGUCCUAGUAAGGAAGUUGAACAUCGAGGUAGUUCAAGAUCUACCGGUAGGAAAUAAUUUACAGGAUCAUCAAAUCACCAUACUUCCUACGCCAGUGAAAGAGAAUGUUGGACCAACUUGGGCAGAUCUUAUGAGUAAGUGGAGUGAGCUAAUGUACGACUAUCUGAAAACUGGACCUUUAGCUCGAACGGGACUGGACGGUUCGGCGUUCCUACAUAUCGAUAAGGCUAAGAUAGGGAAAUCAGCCCCAGAUAUUCAAAUCAUAUUUUUCAAUUUUCUCUUUGGUGAAAAUUUCUUGAAUUUUGAAGACAGAAUUGCCCAAGAGCUAAUGGAAAAAGAUUUUAAUAAGCACGGAUUUGUCACAGACAUUUGCACAACACGGCCAAAAAGCAGAGGUUCAAUAAAACUGAGGUCGGCGGACCCAUUUGACUACCCCUUAAUACACGCAAAUUACUAUUCCAAUUACGAAGACAUCAAAACAGUACUAGGCGGAAUCAGAAUUUGGGAAAAGCUUAUGGAAAUAGACACUUUCAGAGAAAUUGGUGUGGAUACAAGUAAAACUAAGGUAUCAUUUUGUUCCCAGUUUGAGUACAGGUCGGAUGCUUAUUGGGAAUGCUACAUUCGACACAUCAGCACCACCGAGUAUCACCCGUGCUGUACCGCUCCGAUGGGACCUGAUAACGACAAUAGUGCCGUGCUUGAUCUAAACCUCAGGGUUCGAGGUAUUGCAAACUUGCGAGUGGUCGAUGCAUCAGUGUUCCCUAACAUAACAUCAGGCAACAUUAACGCCCCGACAGUCAUGGUGGCCGAGAAAGCUGCAGACAUGAUUCGUGGAAUUGACACUGUUGGGGAGUUCAAGAAUCGCGUGUAGCUUUAUUUCUUUAUAUUUUUAUAAUGUAUGUUUUCUCUUGACUCAAAUUACAUGUUUAAGUACACCUUUAUUAUUGCUUAAUUAUAUAUUAUUAUUUUUUCCAUUCGUUGAUGCUUUGUCCGGUAACAAAUCUUGUUUUUGGAAUGCCGUGGUUACAAUAUAUGCGGAAAAAUGAUUAACAGAUCCCGUCAGACCAGUCGUGUUUAAAGAUAAUGUGAAACAGAGUUGCAUGAUUUGAAGGGAUUCAACAUUAGAAAAGCCUUGAAAAAACGAUUUUUAGGUGGUCAAACAGAUUGGUUUUGUGGCACACAUCAUUUUUUUGAGCAAUGCCUCUCGUUUCUGAAAAUAGUUAUUGGACUUUGAUCAGAUCUUGUUUAAAUUCUUAUUUUAUGGUUUCCAUGGAUACCGUGUGGACCAGACGUAAAUUUUGGAAAACAACAUCGGGGUGUAUAUCUUACAUCUGAUGGAAAUAUGCUAUAUUGUCAAAUGUUUACAGCCUUUAAUUUAUUGUGUUAUAUUUCCUGUCCAUUUUUAUUGAUGUCUUUCCAAAAAUUCACUCAAAACACCGAAUAAUUAAGUAAUAUGUAAAAGUUAAUGUAAUUGUGUUUUGUUUUGACAUCGAAUCACAUUUAUUGAUUUCUUUUCACUGCAAACUAGCAUACGGUUAGAUAUGGAACAUGUUUUUUCUAAUUUUGAAAUAUUUACGUUAAAAUUGUAAAAUGCUAGAAAAUAUUUGGGUAUAAAUUACCUCACCCACCAAUGUUAUUUUUUUUAUUUUAUUUAUUGAGUAAUUGAACAAAAAAGUAAACUGUGUAACAUCAUAUGUUUCUUAUUUCAUGUAUUUUUUAGCAAAUUAAAUCAUAAGGAUGCUUGUGCUUGCAAUAUUGUGACCAAAAUGGUGCAUUUUUCUGAUGUAUUAAAAUGCCAAACAUUUCGCUUAUACAUAAUAUAUACUGGAAUAUUCAACAUAACCCUUCCAAUUGAAGCAAAUUGUUCAGAGGAUAUAUUUUAGUUAAGUAUAUAAUCCUUUAAAUAAUAAUGUUGAUAUACAAAUGGUUGCCAUGGCAACCAAUAUUUUCAAUCCUUAAGGGUCAGUGUUGUCAGUUACUUUAAAUUUUAAAUCCGAUUUUUAAAUAUUUCAAAUGAAUUUUUUUUUAAUAUAAUUUCAGAAUAUGAGAUUGGUUGCUUAUUUAAAAAAUCAACAUGUUAAAAGAAGCAAUACAACGAAUAAACAAUAAUUUAUAUAAAGUCAGAACUCUCGAAUUCUCCUUUCAUUUUUAGAAGAUGUUUCCUGGAUUUAAUAUUUAAAAAAAAUACAUGUAUAUAAGUUUUGAGUGCAAUAAAGUUUCCAGAUUGUG